AUGUAAGAAAUGGAUAUUCGGUUAUGCUGACUCCAGGCUAGCAUUUCUUAAAUCCUAGCGACUUUAAGGUAUGUGGACUUCAACUCCUAGAAUUCUGACUGGCUGGGGGAAUUCUGGGAGUUGAAGCCCACCCUUCUUAAAGUUGUGAAACUCUGCUGUAGAUUCUUCCAAUUUUAAUUUAUAAUUUUAUAAAUUAAAUUUAUAAAUACGCUUAUAAUGAAGGAUUUUUUUCCAUAAUGAAGGACUAAGGAAGAGUUUAUUUUAACCUGUCGCAUUUGGAACACAGCUUAUAGAAUGGCACUGUUGUAAAAGUAUGGACUAAGACAGUCGUUUUGUUAGAUGUUUCGUAUGUGUGUGGCAUGUGUAUAAUGAUAGACGGUGCCACAGAUGAAAUGACAGUAUUCCACUAGAUAUUGUGUGAAGUCAUUGCCACACAGAUAAGCUAACUUCCUACUUAGCUUUUUCUAGGUCAUCUAAAACUGGCUAAAUGUGUAUUUGUUACAACUUUCAUCUUUCAUCAAAAGAAUUAAUCGUUUGUAUAUGACAAAGGGGGCAAGACAUUUAUAUGCACAAUGGUAGAAAGAUAAACAAUCCCCACCACUCAAACAUGGAAUUUGAAAUUAAUGGAAUUGGUAGAUAUGGCAAAUGUGAUUAUUUUAAUAAAAGAGAAAGGUACAUUCGGUUUUGCUUCUACAGUGGUACCUUGGUACUUAUCCUUAAUUGCUUCCAAAUAGUGUGUGAUGAGCACCAAAAACGAUGAGAACCAGAUAAUUUUUUCCCAUAAGGAAUAACGUAGUGAGUCACAAGUUCUAGCUUGUGCAUUGAGUAUCAGACAAAGAAUGACUACUUGGACAAAAUUUUUACCUCAAAAUGUGUUGAGUACCAAAUUUGAUGAGUUUCACUGUACUUGGAAACUAUUUAUGGGGUUCUUGCUUGAGAAAAAUGAAGGACUGAUUUUAGGGUUCAAUGAUUAGUUAUGAUUAUAGAAAUAUUGUGUAUUGUUAUUCUUGAUAGUCAUGAAUACAUAUAUACUUGUAUAUUGUAUAUUUUUAUGUUCAUGUUUAAACUUUAUGAUAUAUAAUUUUAAGGCUAUUUGAUUGUUUAAUUUGUAUACUUUUAUACAAUGUGUCUUUGUUUUAACUUAAGAGUAUGAAGUUACUUUAUAUUUGUAUCUAUAUUGAAGAAACUCCCAAGAAUCUUUUUUUUUUCUUGUCGCUUUUAAACCAUUUCCCUUUUUGAUCUCUCCCCUAAUUUUUCCUUUUCUGUUAUUUUGUAAUUCAUCUUUUAUUUUUGAAAUUUAAUAAAGUUCACUUAAAAAAAUAAUUCUUCCAAGGCAAAAAAAAACAGCAGAGAGAAGGUUUUAGCCUCCUCUUUAUACAUAUGUUACAAACCUCUCCGCGUUGAACGGAUGAUGUUUUAAUUCCAGGUGAAACAAGCAGCUUAAUUCAAGAGGAAUUAAGGAAUUCAUUUCUCUCUUGUGUUCUUAGAAGUUUUUUUUUAAACCUUGAAGGAUUUCAGGGGAAAAGGUGCAUACCCCAUAUAGAUACCUAGAGAUUUUAAUGGGAACAGCCUCUUUCUGAGUUAGAAACCAGAUUCACCUAUGUUGGCUAGAUGAGGAAUGGAGAACUAUUUGAGGCAAAAGAAAGGAACAUAUUCCAGCCUCAUUGAAUGAUCCAUUUCCUAGAAUUUUCUUUAACUAUUUCAACCAUUUGCAAGUCUCUGGAACUUCAAGCAGCAUCACAAGGUCCUUCUAUACAUUGCAGGGUUGGUAAAUCCCUCUAAGUAGAUUAAAUCAGCCUUAAAUUCUUCCUCCUACAUUUUAAAUAGCCCACUGAUUAGCUUGCUGCCUUCCUAACACUUCAAGGUAUCACUGUGGGUGAAAAAAGGUAAGAAAUACCCUUACUAUUUUUGAUUACAAGCCUAAAUUAUCUGUAGAGUAAUGCUGAAGUGGUUUUUUUAAAAAAAAUAAAGUCUGUUUUGUUUUCGGUUGGGUUUGGUACCUUACUUGUUCAUGGCUUAAAAUAAAAACAUUAUGUACAAGGAUUUUAAAAACGUUGCCAGAAGAACAAAUGAUUCUAAAUACCAACAAAAUAAAACUGAAGUUUUUGUAAGACUUGUUUCACUCACUAUGUAUUUGCACCUGAUCAAUUGUUUAGUUAAAUUUGGGUUUUAAUUGUUUAUUUUUUAAAAAAAGUUGUAUUUUUAAUUGUUCUACUGUACCCUGCCUGGAGUCCCAUUCAUGAGAUGGACAGCCAUACAGAUUUGAUAAAUAAAAGAGAAAUUGUUGGUUUACUUUCAUUUCUCCUACUAUAAAUUCUUUAGUCUUUCUUGGGCAUCAGCAGAUGGCUGUGGUCCAAGUUUUUUGUAUGAACAGAAUAAAGUAAUUAGUGAGUGAAAAAAAGGUGCAAGGAAAGAAAGAGCGGGGAAAAAGGAAAGAAAAAGAAAGGAAAAGUUAUAGAGAAACUGCUUCCAACCUUCACAGCAAUUAUAAGUACAUUUAUAUGUUACCUCUCUCUAAAAUGACAAUAUAAUUUCCUUUGUAGCAUAGCCUGUCCUUUCUAAUCAUCAAACCCGUCAAUCACGUUCAUUUUUUCCCCAUUUUUUCUGGAAAAAAAAGUCUAUAGGGGAUUUCCAGUCAGUAAUAAAUGUAAUUAUUGUGUCUAAUCAACCAACUUCCUGUUUAUCUGUUAUUAUUAUUUUUAAGUCAGGAAGAAAGCCAUACCUGUCACUUCUGCUCUCCUCUCUUUCAGCGGCCUGCCAAGAUGUGUGACCAAACCUUUGCGGUCAAUAUUUUUGGGCCGUGCGACAUUUGUAGCAAAGAGAAGGUUCUUCAACAAAUAUAUUGUAAGUCGGAGAAACGCAGCUGCUGUGCGUUAUGCGUGAAGCAGAUGGCAACCGAAGGGCUGCAGGAGAAGGAGAGCCUGGCCGUGCUCAAGACCGAGGCGGAGAGCCUGAAGGGCAAGCUGGAGGAGGAGAGGGCCAAGCUGCACGACGUGGAGCUGCAUCAGGUGGCGGAACGCGUGGAGGCUUUGGGACCAUUUGUGAUGAAGACACGGAGGACCCUGAAAGGCCAUGGCAACAAAGUCCUCUGUAUGGACUGGUGCAAGGACAAAAGAAGAGCUGUCAGCUCUUCCCAGGACGGGAAGGUGAUCGUUUGGGAUGCCUUUACCACCAAUAAGGAGCAUGCGGUGACGAUGCCCUGCACAUGGGUGAUGGCAUGCGCCUAUGCUCCGUCUGGAUGCGCCAUUGCAUGUGGUGGUCUGGAUAACAAAUGCUCAGUAUACCCCCUGACCUUUGAAAAAAACGAGAACAUGGCCGCUAAGAAGAAAUCCGUCGCAAUGCAUACUAACUACUUGUCAGCUUGCAGCUUCACUAAUUCUGAUAUGCAGAUCUUGACGGCAAGCGGUGAUGGUACCUGUGCCCUCUGGGACGUUGAAAGCGGGCAGCUUCUACAGAGUUUCCACGGACACGGGGCGGAUGUCUUGUGCCUGGACCUCGCUCCUUCAGAAACGGGGAACACGUUUGUAUCGGGGGGGUGUGAUAAAAAGGCAAUGAUCUGGGACAUGCGAACCGGACAAUGCAUUCAGUCCUUUGAAACCCACGAGUCGGAUAUUAAUGGUGUCAGGUACUACCCAAGCGGAGACGCCUUUGCCUCUGGAUCAGAUGAUGCCACAUGCCGUUUAUAUGACCUCCGAGCAGACAGAGAGGUGGCCAUCUAUUCCAAAGAAAGCAUCAUCUUCGGAGCGUCCAGCGUGGAUUUUUCUCUUAGUGGACGUUUAUUAUUUGCGGGCUACAAUGACUACACCAUCAACGUUUGGGAUGUCCUGAAAGGCUCUCGCGUCGCCAUUUUGUUCGGCCACGAGAACCGCGUUAGCACGUUGAGAGUUUCGCCCGACGGGACUGCGUUUUGUUCUGGAUCGUGGGAUCACACUCUACGGGUCUGGGCUUAAGUAGCAGGGCAGUUUCCCAACAUGUAUUCGCCUAGGGAAUCAUAGGAUCACACACCCCACGGAACAUCCGUUUAAUGGGGGGGGAGGAAAUCUAUCACAAAGACUCUGUCACAACCUUAAUUGGAUGGUGAAAAGAUGGAAAGAGACAUACCUUGUUAGUAUUUAUUCCGUAGCUGCCCAAUUCAAAUAUAUAUAU